AUGGACAUACUGAUGGGGGAACCAGAGCAGAGUCUGGAGAAGGAAAUUGAAGCCGACCUCACAAUAGGGGACCUGACAGUCCACGAAGACCGCAACGAAGUGAUGCACUUUCUUCAUCCUGUAGUCUACAUGACGAACAUCAAAGGGCUGUACAAGAAAGACGAUGUCCUGGAGACAAAAUGGACCAGUUACAUAACGAUCUUCAGAAGCAAUGUGUAUCUGAGUAUAUUUGGAGUAUCGGUUCUUGUGUCCAUUCUCUUUGUAGUGAUUGCCAGAUCAGCGAAUCGCCUACACCGUGGACUCGAUGAGAGUGCGUUGGUCGUCUGGCUUGAUGCAUCCUGGUUCACACUUGCAGCUUUGGCGAAGCAAGGUGUAGACUAUCACUCUCAAGGCUUAUCCGGCAGGUUCAUAGUGGUAUCCUGGUGGAUAUUUGCCAUCAUCAUGUCAACGGCGUAUGGUGCUAAUCUCAUAUCACAGCUGUCCGUCCACAAAGAGCAGAAACCUUUCCACAAUCUGGCUGAGCUGAUACGAAGUGAGGACUAUUCGUUUGGUUUGAUUGAACCCAGUAUUACCUCGAUGAUAUUUCAGAAUACGAAGUCUGGAAGCGUAAAACAAGCAUGGUCUGUUCUAAGAGAGAGGGCCAAAACGAAUCCAGAAGUUUUAGAUGCUAAUCCUGCAAAUCACUUUAAGAUGGUGGACAGUGGGAAAUACUGCUAUCUAGGAUCGAAUUACUAUCUGGAAGCUUACCAAGGAAAGGACUGCACAUUGAAAAUGAUGGACAGCCCAGUUUCAUGGCAACAUUUAGCCUUCGGAAUGCCCAAAGGAUCACCACUCAUAGACGAAUUUGAGCGAACAUUAUUCAUUCUCAAUCAAAUCGGAUUUGUUGCAGACAGAAGGAAGAAAUGGUUUAAAACCAGAGAUCCUGAAGAGUGUCGGUCUUCAGCAUCAGUGAAACCUGUUAACUUCGCUGAUAUUCAGAUUGCGUUCUACCUGCUGGCAACGGGAACUCUCUUUAGUAUUAUGAGCUUACUUUCAGAAAUUGUAAUAGCUUCAACCAAGAAGCGCUAACUAUUAAAAUGCAAAUGAUCAUUGACAUUUGUUUUAACAAUAUCUGACAGUGGUAUUAAAAUAUUCAAAUCAUAAAUAAUAGUUUGUAAUUUGCAUUAGGUAAUGGUAUUAUAUGAUGAC